UUUAGACGCUAUGAAGUCCCUCGGUAUGCAGUUACCAACCAGCACCAUGGGUUCCCCUUCCAUGGUGAAUCAGGGUCUCGGCUCACCCACACUCUCCUCACCUGGUCUACACUCAGGAAUCACAGAUUACCAUUUGGAUAGAGUUGACAGGGUGUGGGACAGAAGACCUGAGGGUCAUGGUCUACACUCUCCGCCCAUGCAGUCACCAACCCUGAGCAGCCAGGGCUCAAUGGAAGAUAUCAAACCAAUCAUCACCUCUCAACCAGGAUCCUUACCCCUCUCACAAUCACAGGUGUCCAGUAUGACGGGCAUGCACUCCCCCUCAACAUCAACGUCCAGUUUCCCCGGGACAUUUUACAUCUCAACGUGCAGGGCCACUUACACAACCCCUUCUCACAGCCAGCGCAGUCGUCAAUAAGCCCUGGCUCCAUGCCCGGCACAUCCAUCAACAAGAGCAUCUGUGCAGUGUGCGGAGACAGAGCAUCAGGCAAGCAUUAUGGAGUCUACAGUUGUGAAGGCUGCAAAGGGUUCUUCAAGAGGACAGUACGGAAAGACCUCACGUAUACCUGUCGGGACGAUCGUAACUGUAUGGUCGACAAGAGACAGAGAAAUCGGUGCCAAUAUUGCCGCUAUCAGAAGUGCCUGGGCAUGGGCAUGCGCAGAGAAGCUGUACAAGAGGAGCGGCAACGCAAAGACAAGCCCACAGGUGACAGUCAGGUAGAGAGCACAAGUGGAACAAGUAAUGACAUGCCUGUGGAAAAGAUCUUGGAUGCCGAACUAGCAGUAGAACCUAACAAUGGCCCCUACGUAGACACCCCGCGUGACCCUGUGACAAACAUUUGCCAAGCUGCCGACAAACAACUCUUUACCCUGGUAGAAUGGGCCAAGCGAAUCCCACACUUCACAGAACUGCCACUGGAUGAUCAGGUCACGCUCCUCAGGGCAGGGUGGAACGAGCUGUUGAUUGCAGCCUUCUCACAUCGCUCCAUCCAAGUGAAGGAUGGCAUCCUCCUUGCCACCGGCCUCCACGUCCACCGUAACAGCGCCCACAGUGCAGGGGUGGGCACAAUCUUUGACAGGGUCCUCACCGAGCUGGUGGCUAAGAUGAGAGAAAUGAAGAUGGAUAAGACAGAGCUUGGCUGUCUCAGAGCAAUCGUGCUUUUCAACCCAGAUGCCAAGAACUUGACCUCGGUACAGAAAGUGGAGGAGCUACGGGAGAAGGUGUACGCCUCUCUUGAGGAAUACUGCCGCAACCAGUACACGGACGAACCCGGCCGCUUCGCCAAGCUGCUCCUCAGACUGCCUGCCCUGCGCUCCAUCGGUCUCAAAUGCCUGGAGCAUCUCUUCUUCUUUAAGCUCAUCGGAGACACGCCCAUCGACACGUUCCUCAUGGAGAUGCUGGAGGCACCCAACAACAGUUGAGAGAUCGGUCGGCCCAACGUCUCUCUCUCUCAAGACGGACGCAAGUAACCUGACAUGGGAGAUCAUGAACUCUUUGAAAACUUCAAUGGACUCUUUAUUGUGAUGGUUUUAUCCAUGUGUUUGUUCAGGUUCACGUC